GAUGUCUGGUUCUGCCUUGGCUACAAACUUGACAAGUGAAAAACUGACAAGACAGCACAAUGAUGGAGACUAUUAUUCAGGAUCAGGAUACAUUGAAGAUAAUGAAAAUCACAUGAAAUCAACAGAUGAGAGUAAAGGACCUGACCUUGAGAGUUCUGAGGUGGAGUACACUGAAGUUGAAGUAUCAACGCUUGAUCCUCACAGAGAUUCUGUCGAAAACAGGCAUUCUAGAAUACAAGGGCAUCCUGAUGCUACUUAGAACACUCAUCUCAAACAUCAGCUGGGAGAAGAAAACAAGCCAAGAUGGAAGAUGUUGCAAAUGUUUCAAAAGCUCUGCAGCACUUAUUUAUGAGUUUGCCAGGCUCUUCUUUCCAAAGUUUAUUUCCUCAGGGGGAACAAUAGAGAUGUUCCUAAAGCAUUGAAUGGAAAAAAUUACAAAUAAAAAUUCUCAUAGGAAAGUGGCUGUAGAAACCACUGACCUAGGUUCCCAUCUUUCAUUUCUCCUGCUAACGCAAUUUUGCCUUUCUAGCCUCCAGUUCAUCAUGCUCUGAGGAAAUAAAAGGGGAAGCUACAGCUGAGGAAGUACAUUUCUACAGUGCAGUAACUACUGUGAUGCUAGUAGGAUGUAGAAAUAUCUAAGCUUGCUUUAAACUAGCUAACUUGGUUAUCAGUACACUCUGUUGUGGCAGAACAGAGCUCAGCACAGCUUGGCCAGCCGGGUAUGUACUUUGACAU